AUGGCAUCUUCCAUGCGUUCUCCUGCGCAUCCACGUGCGCCGCUUUCGUACUUUCAGCAGCAGCAGCAACAACAGCUGUUGCCUCUUUCUUCCACCAAGGGGCAGACAGGCUCCUUGGGCGGGCCCGAGGCUUUUGAGGCCUGGAAGAGAGACCGGCUAGCAGAACGUUUGCAAAUGUCUGCCUUGGGAGACCCUCGGGGGCCUAACGAGGGGCCUCUCGCGUCUCUGAACGGAGGAAUCUCUGGAAUCAGCACUGGGAUAGCUGCAGCAAUGGCUGCACCGAGCAGCAAUGGCAGCAACAACAGAAGCGGAAGUGCGAACUCCCGCAUGCUGUCUCUAGCCACUGGGGGCACCCUCUCGUCUCAGCCGGGGUCUGAGCACUUCUUUUCGCCACUGGGAGGCACUGCAGCUGCCACAAACGCUGCAGGCACUGCAGCAGCUUCUUCUGUGGCACGGAACCCCUGGUCUCACACGAGUUCCCUCCUCGGCACCACACAGCAGCACCAGCAGCAGCUGGACCGGCAGCAACAGCGACUUCUGGCGGAUUUCGAUGACUCCUUUUCUACCCAUUCGCAGCAGCAGCAGCUGGGGGCAGUCGCUGCAUCAGCAGCAACAACGGAUCCACUGGAGCAAAACAACCAAAAUUCACGCCGACGAAGGCACCGCCGCAGCAGCAGGAUCUCUCUUAACGCUCCUCUCGAGACAGGCCCUCAGCAGCCGCUGACACAGCCGCCUCACCAGGAACAGCAACACCACUACUUUCAGAAUACGGGCUUUCAAGGCAAUGCUAUGGGCGUGCGCCUUCUGCAUCGAGACAUAAACCUGCAGCAAACGAGUGUUUCGGGAGGAAUCCCAUCCUCAGGAGGAGUAAACGGAGGCUCCCUUACCUCGGCAGAAGCGUCUCCUCCCCUGGACACAGCAGCAGCAGCACGAGCUGCAGCAACAGCAACAGGUGCUGCAGCAGCAGAAGCAGCAAAUAACGGCUCAAGGGCCCAGCUGCAGCAGCAGGAGACGAGGCUGCAGGCGAAGGAGGACAGCCUGCGCAGGCAGCACCAGAAGCUACAGGAACAAGAGCAGCGACAGCAGCAGCAAGCGGCAGAGCUCCAGCAGCAGCAGCAGGAACUUCAGCAACAGUAUGCCAAUGUAGAGCACCAGCAGAAGGUACAGCAGGACGAGCUCCAGCUGUUACAGCAGCAGCAGCAGCAAAUCCAGCAGCAGCAGCAACUACAGCAGCUUCAGGAGCAACGGGAGGAGCUGCAGCAGCAGCAGCGCGCUGCCGAGGCAAAGGAGCAGCAGCUGCAGGAGCUGGAGCAAGAGCUGGAGCGGCAGCAGCGAGAGCAGCAGCAGCAGCACUUGCAUCAGCAGCAGGUGCUGCAGCAAGAGCUGGAGGAGAGGAGGGACGCCUUGGAGAAGGAAUACGUUGAGCGGAAGCAGCUGCUGCAGGAGGAGCAGCAACAACAGUUGUUGCAGCAGCAGCAGCAGCUCUUUGCCGAGCUUCAAGAAGAGCGGCAGAAUCUGCAGCAGCAAUUGGAUAGACUUGCAGCAGCAGCGUCGUCAGCUGUCUAUGGACCAGUGCGACCUGCAGCAGCAGCAACGGGAGUUAUCUUUGGCCACGGAGCGCUUGCAACAGGAGGAAGCGCAGCUAGAAGCUACGAAGGGUGCUUUGAUUGUUGA